AUGAAGCUUUUCAAAUCAACUCACAAUUUUGGUUACGAAUGGAGCCUUGUGUCAGCAGCCAACUGGCAGAAAUAUCCAAACGAGAAUUGCCCUCAUGUACGCCAUGUCGAUGUGUUAAAUCGUAAACUUGACCCCGAAACAGGAGUCUUGAUAACUGAGAGACUCUUGACAGUAGAACAGAAUGUGCCUCGUAUAAUUCUUAAGUUACUUGGCACUGAUGAAACUCAAUAUGUUCGAGAAAUAUCUACAAUCGACCCACGUAAAAAGACCCUGACAAUGCAAAGUGUGAAUAUCACAACAUCUCAUCUUCUCACAAUUGAAGAAGAAACUACAUACUAUGAACACCCGGAAGAUAAAAAACAAACACAAAUGUCGCAGCAGGCCACAGUCUCUGCAGGUAGUUUGUUGUCUCGAUGGUCAAACAUGGUAGAAGACUUUUCACUCAAUCGAUUCAAGCACAAUGCGGCAGUUGGAAGAGAGGGAUUUUGUAAAGUAUUGGAACGAUUUGUAGUUAUGGCUGAACCACAACCUACAAAAGAAUCUUUUUAG